AUGGUUCCAAAGGCCGCGACCGCAAAGAGCCGUCUUUGUGGUUCUAGACCACAAGAGAUAGUUUACUCCCUUGAGAAUGCAAAGAGUGGCGAAUCUAAAGAAGGAGGAAAGAAGCCGGCUGUGACUGAUUCUGAUGAGUGGUAUCAGGAAGACCAGGCGGUUCUAGCUAUUCUCCAUGGUGCUUUGGAUAUCCCUGUGUUGGAAUCUUACUCCUAUUGUGAGAGUGCAAAGGAGCUGUGGGAUACCUUGAAGAAUGUGUUUGGAAACACAUGUAAUCUCACCAGAGUUUUUGAGGUUAAGAAGGCAAUAAACAGCCUCCACCAAGGAGAUCUGGACUUUAACACCUUCUUUGGUAGAUUCAGAUCUCUUUGGGCAGAGCUUGAGAUGCUGAGGCCAGCCACUGUUGAUGCUGAGACUCUGAAUGAAAGAAGAGAGCAAGAUAAGGUCUUUGCUCUUCUCAUGGUCUUGAACCCAACUUACAAUGAUCUGGUGAAGCACAUGCUCAGAUCCAAGACUCUACCAAGCCUGGAGGAAGUUUGCUCUCAGAUCCAGAAGGAACAAGGCUCUUUGGGUCUCUUUGGUAACAAAGGAAGUGACUUGGUGAUGGCUAACAAGAGUGAAGCUGUAGCGGCCAACAAGGGUUCUUAUGGUGGUGAGGAGUGUGAAGUGUGGGUAUGUGAGCACUGUAAAAAGAAGGGUCACUUGAAGAACAAGUGCUGGAUUUUGUACCCACAUCUCAAGCAAAGCCGCAAGGACCAGAGGAAGCCUAGGGCGAAUGAAGCUCAUGCUCAUGAGGAGGCUGGCCUCUCAGACCGUGAAAAGGAAGGUGUUGCUAUGAGGGCCUCAGCUGAAUAUGUGAAGAAAUCAGAUCUGGAUGCUCUCAUUAAGGCUCUUAAAGAGUCUGGAUAUUGAGUCAAGUAAGCUUCUCGGACAAGGAAUAACAAAGGAUGGUCUUUAUGUUCUUGAAAAUACUGAGCCAUCCUCUUUAUCUAAUGCUUUUGUCUUUAGUUCUGCUGUUGAGAAUAAUGCUUUGUGGCAUGCUAGAUUGGGUCAUCCCCAUCAUAGAUCUUUGAACUUGAUGUUGCCUAAUGUUAAAUUUGAAAACAAUGCUUGUGAGGCUUGUAUUUUAGGCAAACAUUGUAGAACUGUCUUUCCUAAAUCAUCUACUAUAUAUGAGAACUGUUUUGAUUUAGUUCAUUCUGAUGUAUGGACUUCUCCUUGCAUGUCUAGAGAAAAUCAUAAAUAUUUUGUUACCUUUAUUGAUGAGAAGUCUAAAUACACUUGGAUAACUUUGUUGCCAUCUAAAGAUAGGGUGCUAGAGGCUUUUAUGAACUUUCAAAAGUAUGUAACUAACCAUUAUAAUGCUAAGAUCAAAGUGUUUAGAUCAGAUAAUGGUGGAGAAUACACAAGCCAAGCCUUUAGACAACACCUUAUUCAGCAUGGUAUAGUGCACCAAACGAGCUGCCCUUACACUCCUCAGCAAAAUGGAGUUGCUGAGAGGAAGAACAGGCAUCUUAUGGAGGUGGCCAGGUCCCUAAUGUUUCAUAUGAACGUGCCCAAGAGAUUUUGGGGAGAUGCUGUAGUCACGGCCUGUUAUCUGAUCAAUAGGCUUCCCACAAGAAUCCUCCAAGAUUCUUCCCCAUUUGAGGUAUUAAACCAAUCCAAACCAUCAAUCGAUUAUCUAAAAGUAUUUGGUUGUGUUUGUUUUGUCUUAGUACCAGGGGAACAAAGGAACAAACUAGAAGCAAGAAGUACAAAAGGGAUGUUCAUUGGCUAUUCUAUCAAUCAGAAGGGCUACAAAUGUUACAUUCCUGAGACAAGGAGGGUGUUAGUAUCAAGGGAUGUGAAGUUCAUUGAGAAUCAAGGGUUCUAUGAGGAAAGAAACUGGGAAAGCUUGAAGGAUCUUCCUCAUUCUAAUUCAGACCGUGCUGCUACUCUCAGAACUUUGCUGGAGAGUUUGAGACAGGGAACCCCAUU